GGAAUGAUUAACUGAAAUAGGUAAAUACAUGGAAUGGUGGCCAUGUUUGGGAAAGGAAGUUGGUAGGAAAGUUGUCCCGUUUUUCCUACAAUUGUAAUAAUCUCUAAUCAUUCCAGUUGCCCUUCUACUCUUUCCUAUUCUGAAUGCCCCAAUUAGAGUCAUGGAUGGGACUGCACUUAUAACAUGGAAUGGUGAUCAUGUUAGAGAAAGGAAGCUACUCCGAAGGUUGUGUCAUUUUUUGUUCCUGCAAUUGAAAAUAUCUCUAAUCCAGUUGCCCUUCUGCUCUAUCCUACUCUGAAUGUCCCAAUUAGAGUCAUGGAUGGGACUCGACUUGUAACAGGGAAUGGUGAUCAUGUUAGAGAAAGGAACCUGGUCCGAGAGUUGUGUCCUGUUGUUCCUUACCUGUAGAGAAAGGAACCAGUUUCCCUUAUGCUCUAUCAUACUGAAUUCCUAACUAGAGUCAUAGAUGGGAACUUUGAAAUGAUAUACUAACUGAUAAAAUACAUGGAUUGGUAGUUAUGUUUGAGUAAGAACGUUGUCUGUCCAAGCGCUUAUUUAAUCAUUCGGGUUAGCCUCAUGCUGUAUCUUGUACCAUCUCAAGUGCAGUGACAGUUUGUUAGCUGAAAGUCCUAACGGGAAUCCUAGAGAACAUCUUUUGAAUGAUUUAACAAAAUACUAAGAAAAAUUCUGUCCAUUAUGUCAGGGUCUGGUAUUCAAAAUGUCGUGUUCCUUUUUUACUUUGAGAUGAUUAAAAUCAGUUGCUGCCCCCUCUGCGACAUCUUAAGUUAAAUCAUGACAAUAACAGAAGUCCUUAAGUCGGAGCCCCGGAGAGGAACUUUAAUGAUCUAACAAGAAUACUAGAAGAUUGUCCUUUAUGUUUAAAAUAACUAAAAAAUAUUGUUCAUUGUGUCAGCUCCUGGUUUACCAAACUGUUGUGUCCCUUUGGGCGCUACUUUGAGAAGAUCAUAAUCAGUUGCCUCUCUGCUCCUUCUCAAUUUCAAUCAAGACAGUACUGAAGUUCUAAAUUAUCGUAGAGUCUAACUUUUGAAUGAUCUAACAAAAAUAUGGAGAAUAUAAUGUUUCUUAUAUUUUAAGAUCGACAUGAGUACUCAACAGUGCACUUGCUGCAGCUGCUCUCCCCAGUUUUGUGAAGUACUGUGUAGACUUUUUAAGUCCUUCAUGGAGUACUUCAGAGAAUCUUUGUUACGAUCUGUGUAUGUUGCAUUAUAUAUCAAGCAAGAAAAUACCUCAUGAUUGGUAUGUUCAUUGGUAAAUGAGGCUUUGGAAGGAACUCAAUUGUUUUCUAAUUAUGGCAAAUUGUAUUAUGCACUCAUUUGGUUUAAUGCUGCCCUUUGAUGCAGUAAAUGCUUAAGGGUCCUAGCAGGAAUUAGCGUUUACUAGUUGGCAAUUUUCCAAUUUCAAACACAGUGAGAAUGUUAUAUUUGCUUGCUGGAGUCUUGGCAGGAAACUCUUCAGAGGUUCCUCGAAGCAAUCAUUCUUAAAUGGCUGGGUUCAGCUUGGAUGAAAUAUGCAAAUUCAUGACAAGGGUGGGUGACAAUUCAGAUGAACAUAAGAAUUCUAUUUCCAGUAGUGUAAGAUGUCUGAGUGAUGCCCGCGAAUUAUUGGUGAUUAUGGUAUCUAGCAGCCUGUCGUUAUUAAAGAACAACUCUGUUUCUGUAUUUCAAAUUAUAAGUGAUGCAACAUCUAUUUCUUCAACUAGUUUCUCAAUUGGAGUUUGAAAGUUCAAAGUAACCCUACCUCUGAUAAGUUUCUUUCCUCUGUUGUUCUUUCUUGCAGACUCCAGGAUGUUGAAUCCUUAUGUACUUAUGCUUUGUCGUCCAUUUAUUUCCUGUUAUACAAUGACGUGAUUACUUGUUAGAGAGCUCAUCAUUCACGAUAAAGGAACCUGCUCUGAUGUUUAUAACAUGGCAGUGAACUAUUAGUUAUUGUGGCCAUGAAAGCUGAAGAUGCCAUGACCAAGUGCUGAUACUAUUCCCUUCUCGACCGAAGCAACUAUUCUUCCACUAUUCCGGAUAGGUAAGCGUUCACUUCAAUUACAGCUGGGUAAGUUUCAUUGAUUCCCUAGUUCUCUUUAUGGUUUUCAAAUCAGACGAUUCUAAUGGUUCCAUUUGUUUGUGGCACGAGGUGAUAUGAUACUUUUGAGAGUUGGUUUUGGUGAACUAUCUUGGCGUGAAUGCAAUUCUUUCGAGUGAAUUGGUUUGGGUUGAGGUGUUAUUGAUGGCUUGCGGGUAAAAGGAUAAUGAAUCUGCAAUUUAUUUGCUUCGUGAGCCCAAAUUCUGAUGGUUUUAAGAUACACGAGUUGUGGAUCCGUCUUUUUUCUUCUGAUACAGAAUUUGUGGGUGAUCCAUUCAGGGAUAUGCAAAAGUUGAUGGGAACGCCGGUAAUCGGUGGUGCGAUUUUCAUAUACGGUAUGUUUGUUGGUUUCUUUGACAGUAACAAAGUCGAUGGUUAGGGUUUUUUCAUUGUUCAGGCCAGUUAGGGUGAGUGCAGCCAUGAUCGUGCGCUCGUUGAGGAUAUAACCUUGCGAGUCUUUUGGGUAUACAUUUAUGUCGAGAAGGGCAAGUGUUUUUCUGACUCAGGCAUCGUUGAGGAUAUAACCUUUCCAGUUCUUUUCAUGAUGUCCAAGUGAUGCACGCCUACUAUCAGUGAUUAUGAUGCCGAGCAGCCUGUUGUUGUAAGUAGAAAAAAAAAAGGAUCUUGCAGAAUAACAACACUGUUUUCUGUCCUUCAAAAUUUUCCUGCAGCACCAUCUGGUUCUUGAAUUCACACUUCAAUUGGAGCAUGUGUUGGAUGAUUAGGGUAACCCUACCUCUGAUAAGUUUUGUUCUUUUGUUGGAUCUUUUUGAACACUUCAAGAUGUCGAUUCUGCUGUGCUACUUUUGUUGCUCGUUUUUAUUUCAUUAGAACUACUGAAAUGAAAGUAGAUCGUAUCCUGUCACAUGUGCUGGAAGUGUAAAUUGCUGCUAGUAGUACCUUGGGGUGAGAGAAAGUAAUGAGCUGAACCUGAUCGACUACAUAUGCAUCUUCAUGGAUUCUAUCUGCUGAUGUUCUGAAGUUGUAUUUUAAGAUCAGUUGCAUUCAAAAACUUGGAAAAUUGGAUGUGCAUUACCCUUGGAAGGAGGUAAUGCGGUGCGCUACUGCCUUCAUUCUGUAAUGAAAUUUUAUUCAUUCCUCAGUUAUAUUAAGCGAUUAAGGAAUGUGCUCUGCUAUUUAUAACGUCAUUGUGAAUAUGAAAGCUUAUGUUGGAUCUUUGACUCACCAAAGCCAUUCCUUUCAUCUGGUCUCGUGUGGGAAGAACUCAAGAAAAUACAGAUUCUUAUUACAUCUCACCACUAUUUAUUUAUGAUAGAUACCGCUUUCGAUAGACCUGUUAUUGCAGUUGGGCUUCUCAUGCUCUCAAACCCAGCAAAGAAUGAACUUUCAUGUAGAGUGCAUAUGCAUGAUCCACCUGCUUCUGUUCUUUAUUACCUUCGGUUAAUUUGUUUACAAGGGAAUUUUACCUGAUGCUUAGUCCCUAUCCCGGUUUCUUUCUCAUGUCAAGUACUGUGAGCCGAUGCAUUGCGUCCUGUGUGAGAAAACUGAACAAGGGAAGAGGAGAAGUUGGUUGUUCAACUUCGUUCUCGAGUCUCUUCAGGGCUUUACGUUUACAGGGUAAGCCCCUCGGAAAAAUGCAGAAAUCGAAGGCCUUGGAAGGCUGAAAUCAUUGCAAGUGUUUGAGGUGGAUGGUUCUAGCUUCUGAGAGUUUAACUCGUGUCUAUGGCCUUGGAAAUCUCCUAUGUUUCAGAAAGUUGCAAACUUUAAGGAUAUGGAAUUGCCCUCGUCUCACAACACUAACAUCCCAUGGAUGGCAGCCUGACGGCCAAAUAGUACUCGAAUCCUUGAGAAAGCUGUCCAUCCGUGCAAGUGCAUCCCUACUACAGAAUAUCCUCAAAGUUUCCGAGGCUUAUGGUAUUGGAACUUGGGGAGAUGGGGGCCAAAAAUGCAGAGGAGUUAUUGCUGGAGGGGCUCGAAGCUCUGAAAGAUCUAGUUACACUGAUGUUGCUUGGCUUGGCCUCAAUUCAGAGACUACCUUCUCUGUCAAAGCUAGUAAAGUUGAAGUACUUAAUUGUGACUGAUGCUCCAAAGUUAUGUGUGAUUGAGAGCCUUGCUGAUUUGCAAUCUUUGGAACACGUAACGAUCAUUGGAUGCACAUCUUUGGAAAGAUUGCCUACUGGUCUUUCUGGGUUGGAGCAAUUGCGAAGUAUUGAGAUCCAAGGAUGCACGAAAUUGACUGAUCUCUUGGCUCUAAGCAAGCUACGGUCUAAUGUUAGCGCUUGGCAGCCAAAUUCUGAUACAGAUUUGUAUGACUCAGUCUUUGCCCUCUCCAAACAUUAGAGGGAGCUGUUAUACUACACUUUUUGAUGACCGUUAAAUCUCGGAUCUUGGAGGUAAUCACGCACCUAUUUGUUAUGCUGCACCUUAUUGUUUGUGUUUGAUAUUCAGACUGAGAUCUUCGAGGCAAGUAGAUUUUUAAUAAACAUGUUAUCCUUCAAGGCUUUCUUCUUUUUUCAGCAGACCCACAUUAUUGAGGCAUACUUUGUGCCGCAUGUCCCUUUGCGGAACUAAAAAUGACUUACGCAGUCUGAAUACCAGAGUGAGGUCCAACUAAGAUUCUUGUUAGCAAAUUAAGGACUCUAAUUUCUUCUUGGUAUAUUGUCAGCAACUAGAACUCCCAGAACACGAGGUGAAGAAAUGGGAUGUGAUAUUCUGCAAGUCUUGAGUUGAGGGCUUUAGAUGGUAAUUCCAUCAGUAAUAUGACGGCUUUGUUAUAUUGGCUUAGUUGUUUGUUUAUGGUAUAGAUGUCACAUUUUAGUAAAUGGGGUUUCGUUGGAAACUCAAUUGGGCAGACUUUUUCUUUUGUAGGUGACAACCGGUCCCAAGGUCGAAACUUAUUUGAGCUAGAUGCUUUCAGUCUACUCAUUAUAAUUAAGCGAGGCACUCCCUUUUGGUUUUGACGGAAGCUAUCUGUGUUAUUUUUCGGGGGAAAUGUGGAAUAUAUAAGCAGGAGUUGAUUAAAAGUGGAAGGAGAGCGUGGUGUUGCUGUAGCCUGCAACUCUCAUCCUUGUCUCUCUACUCUAGUAACUCGACUUACAUUUGAAGAAGUUAGGUGAUAGACUGGUUUUUUAGCACAAAUUGGAGAAGUUUGGGGACUGGUUUCUUAUAUUUAAAGUUUGGUGAUAGACUACCAUUUAGUCCGCUCUUCGUCGGUUUGACCAGCUUUUCCAUUAUGACGAAAGGAGCAGUAAGUCCUCUCUCUGUCUGUCUCAGGGAUGUAAUUUACUAAUUUUCCACAGCUGGGAUUCGGCUGCUGCCUGCUGCUUCUGGUCCUGCAGAUGAUCUAUCAUUCUAUGCUCUACGGUGUGUUAUAUUGGAUUUGUGCUUUAGCUAUUCCAAUUAUAUUUCGUUCCAGCCCUCGUUCUUUCCAAGUUUUGGACUUUAGCACUCAGAAUUUCUUAUACUAUUUGCUAGUCCUGCAGUGUUCCAUGUUUCUGAACUAGUAUUGUUUUGAAUGAUCUAACUAGACUACUAGAGAAUACUAUCCUUUGCUGAACUGCUUAGUCUCUGGAUUGCUUUAUUUCUGGUGUUAAUACUCAUGAACUGGCGAAUAUAGCCACACGAUUUGG